AACGUUUGAGGUGGGAGCGAGUUUCUUGCGGACCGAUGUGGGCGGCGCUCAGGAAUGGCGGCGCUCAGGGGCUGCAGUCUCCGCCUGAAGACUUUAUGCGAGCGGCUGGGCGAAUGGCGGCGGCCGCCCCGGAGAGACGCUCACAAGAAGAAAUGGGCUUCGUUCCGGCCCAGUGUCCGUGGCGCUGCGCUGGCACUGCAGAACCUGGACAUGAGCUGCGGCGCGCAGCUCGGCGACCUCUGGCCCUCCGUCCGCGUUGGCCUCCUCUGUGAGCAGAAGUACGGGGCUCUGCUCAAUGGUUUCGAGGACGUGGAAAAGGUGAUCCGACAGAUGGAACUGCAGCAAGCCAAAGACUUUGUGUACGGCAGCGGGGACAGCCAGGGGCCGGGCUGCACGCCAAAGGCAGGCUGCAAACCAUACGGAAUCCAGGAUUUACCUCAAGACUUGCAAAUGCCUGAACCUCAAGAUUUGCAAACGUCUGAAUCUUGUCCUGAUCUUUCGCUGGCUGGUGGUGACUCGGGACGAGAAUUCCCAUCUUCCCUGGAAACGAAACAGUGUCUAUCCGUUAGCCCAAACCUUAAAUGUUUCACAUUUCCAAGAGGAGACACCACACGUUUUAAACCUGCAAGACAAGGAAGCUUAAGAAUGCUUGAAUAUUAUCUAAUGGAUGCUGCAUCACUCCUUCCUGUACUCAUUCUGGAUGUUCAGCCAGGUCACACUGUCCUCGACCUCUGCGCAGCACCUGGUGGGAAGACUUUGGCACUGUUGCAGACUGAAUGCUGUCGACAUCUUGCUAUCAAUGAUAUAUCCUCAUCUCGCCUAAGUCGGUUACGUAAAAUUCUUCACAAUUAUGUCCCAAAGAAUCUUUGUACGGAAGAUAGACUACGCAUCACGUCAUUUGAUGGCAGGCUCUGGGGAGAAAUAGAGAGGGAUACCUUUGAUAGGGUGUUGGUUGAUGCUCCUUGUACAACAGAUAGGCAUUCGGUACUUGAAGAAGACAACAACAUCUUCAGCCGAUUGCGGAUCAGGGAACGGCAAAUGCUGCCUCUAUUACAGAUCCAGCUAUUGGUUUCUGGUAUUCUUGCCACAAAGCCUGGUGGGUCAAUUGUGUACUCAACAUGCAGCUUAUCCCAGUUGCAAAAUGAGUGUGUGGUGGAGAGGGCUGUACAAGUGGCAGAGACAGAACAUGGUAUGGAGCUGCAUCCGGAGGACCUGACUGACGUCCGGACACACUAUAGAGAGACAUUUAAUUUCUAUGGUCGCUGUAGAGUUGGUGAAUUAGUUCUUCCACAUCUAACUGCAAAUUACGGGCCAAUGUAUUUCUGUAAGCUGCACAAAAUACAUUAAAAGUGUUUAUUAUUUAA